AUGGUCAAGAUCGCGAGCUGGAACGUCAAUUCGAUCAAGACGCGCCUGGAGGCGGUGCUCGCGUGGCUCGACGCGGCGGCGCCCGACGUGCUGCUGCUGCAGGAGCUGAAGUGCCAGACCGGCGACUUCCCGGCCAUGGAGUUUAAGGCGCGCGGCUACGAGAGUCGGGCCCUGGGGCAGAAGAGCUACAACGGCGUGGCGAUCGUCUCGCGCGAUGAGAUCGCCGAUCCGCUGGAGGGCCUGCCGGGCGAUCCGGACGACACCCAGGCCCGCUACCUGGAGGCCACGACCUGCGGCCUGCGCGUCGCCUCCAUCUACCUGCCCAACGGCAAUCCGGUGAGCACCGGGAAGUUCAGCUACAAGCUGGCCUGGAUGGAGCGGCUGGCGGCCCAUACCCACGGACUGCUGGCGCAGGAGGCGACGGUGGUGCUGGGCGGCGACUACAACGUCAUCCCCGAGCCGGUCGACUGCCACGACCCGCCCGUCUGGAGCGGCGACGCGCUGUUCCAGCCGGAGUCGCGCGCGGCCUUCCGCCGCCUGCUGCACCAGGGCUACACCGACGCCUUUCGCGCCCUGCAUGGGGCGCAGCGCGGCGCCUACACCUUCUGGGACUACCAGGGCGGCGCCUGGCAGGGCGACGAGGGCAUCCGGAUCGACCACCUGCUGCUCAGCCCGCAGGCGGCCGACCGGCUGGAGGCCUGCGAGAUCGACCGCGGGAGUGACGCCGCGCCCAUGCCGUUCCUGCCGCUCUACGACAACAACCCGCGGAUCUGGAUCAAGGCGCCCUACGUCACCUGGGGGCUGAUCGCCCUCAACGUGAUCGGGUUCCUGCUUCAGCUCGAGGGCGGAACGCGGCAGUUCCAGGCAAUGGUCUACGGCUACGGCUUCAUCCCGGCGGUGCUCAGCGGCGCCGCCGAGCUGCCGCCCUGGCUGGCCUCGGCGCCGCCGCUGCUGACCCUGGUGACCAGCCAGUUCCUGCACGGGGACCUGCUGCACCUGGGCUUCAACAUGCUGUUUCUCUUCAUCUUCGCCGACAACAUCGAGGACGCGCUGGGGCACGGCCGCUUCCUGGCCUUCUACCUGCUCUGCGGGGUCGCCGCGGGACUGGCCCACUUCGCCUUCAACUUCGCCUCCGAGGUGCCGGUGGUCGGCGCCUCGGGCGCCAUCUCCGGCGUGCUGGGGGCCUACCUGCUGCUCUACCCGCGCGCCUGGGUGAUCACGCCGGUGGUCUUCAUCCCGCUGAUGGUGCCCGCCGGCCUGGCCCUGCUCGUCUGGUUCGGCUUCCAACUGCUCAACGUCUUCGAGGGCGAUACCGCCAGCAACGUCGCCUGGUGGGCGCACAUCGGCGGCUUCGUCACCGGCCUGGCGCUGGCCGGGCCGCUGCGCCGGCCGAUGGUGCCGCUGUUCGGUGGCCAGCCGCCGCCGCGCAACCUGCGGCUCAACCGGUCGGCACGGCAGGGGAAAAGCGCAGCGAUGACCAGCGAGGUGGAUCUUAUCGUGGUCGGCGCCGGGGCGGUCACGCGCAAUCCCUUCGUCGCCUAUGCCGACGCCACCGGCCGGGCCUACGCGCCCCGCUUCGCCGGCUACCGGGUCUGGGGGGCCGAGGGCUGGUGGGGCGAGGCCGAGCGCACGGCCUGGGAGACCUGGCAGGACGCGGCCUGGGGCGCCAUCGACGCGCUGGCCGCGCGCGGGGGCGAGGCCGCCUGCGCCGAGGCGCUGCCCCCCGAUGCGCGCUGGCGCGCGCUGUUCCGGCCGCUGUUCGCCGGCAUGGUCGGCGUGCCGCCGGAGAUCAUGUCCGUGCAGGACUACGCCCGCAGCGCCGAGAGCCCGGAGAACUGGCCGCUGGCCGACGGCUACGGCGCCUUGCUGGCGGCCUGGGGCGCGGAGGUGCCGGUCGAGCUGGCCACACCGGUGCAGCGCAUCGACACGCGCGGGCCCGGCGUCGCGGUGGAGACGCCGCGCGGCCGGCUGAGGGGCCGCGCCCUGGUCUGCGCCCUGCCCCUGGGCGUGCUACAGGCCGGCCUGGUCGGCUUCACCCCGGCCCUGCCGGCGGCCGUGGCCGAGGCGGUGCAGGCGCUGCAUCCGGGCCUGGCCAAUAAGGUCGCCUUCGAGGUCGAUCCCGACCUGCUGGCGGACUUUCCGGCGACCAGCUUCCUGGCCUUCGACGAGGGGCCGGAGACCCUGCGCUUCCAGGUGCGGCCCUUCGGUCGGCCGCUGCUGAUCGGCUACCUGAGCGGCGAGACGGCGGAGACCCUGGAGACCGAGGGACCGCAGGCCAUGGCCGCCUUUGCGCGCGCACGGCUGGCCCGGGUCUUCGGCGGCGCCGCCGUCCGGGCCGAACGGGCGGUGCAGACCACCGCCUGGAGCCGGUCGACCCGCGGCUGGUGCUGGCCGGCGAGUACGCCCACGACUGGGCCUACGGCACGGUGCACGGCGCCCGCCUGA